ACAUCCAUCGCUGGCGGCGGUUAAAACCGCGCCGAGACAUCCACGCAACGCACUCGAGGCAACCGAAGGCGUCCCAAGUCGCUGGCUACAUGGCAGGCUCAGAUUUAGAUACAGUUUUGGCGUCAGACUCAGAUACAGAUACCGAAUUCGACGGUGACGGUGGCUAUAACUACGAUUGUUGUGCAAUGGCCAAAUCGAUAACAGAAACGGCAAAAACGACAACGAGAGCAUCCAUAACUGCAGUACACACACGCAAGAGCACCACAACAAUCGCAUUUGUUCUGCUGUUAAUCCUCUGCUGUUUAUGUGAUUACAACUAUGGAAGCUGGGCAUCACAAUGCUGGAGGAAGCACAAUUCCGGCUCAAUCCAAACGCCAGACGGUGAAUUUAAGCGACCCUUCGGCAUACUCUGCACAUAUCGCUGCUUUCUCUGGUUUCCGCCAAUCUAUCCCUACUGCGAAUUCAUAUUCGAUCUGCGCUUAUCGAGGCACUUCACAUCCUUUCCGGACUGCUACGAGAUUCGGUGCAACGAGACCUUCUCCUUUUUCGGCAAGGAGCCCCACUACUGACCCAUCCCAUAUGUGAACUACCACUCCCGGGCCUGACUUCCUUCGCCUUCCUUUUUUUUUGAGUGCUCUCUGUGACUAAGAACUGUAUGCUUCAAUAAAUAUGGGU